AUGUCAACAUAUUUACCAACAAUAAUAUUAGAUCCAUUUGAAAAAUACAGACCAUUUCCAGAAAACCCCAAAAACCUAUUAGAAGCUCAUUGGCAUGAAAUUUUAGGAUCAACAAUUUUUUAUUUUUUAAUUCAAUAUUUAUCAAAACCAAUUUCAAAAUUAAUAUUUGGUUCCAAAUAUACUACGCUCAAACCAUCAACAAAAAUUAAUUUUGAUGUUCAUAUAACUUCAAUGGUUCAAUGUUUUAUAUCAAUUUUAAUAUUAGUACCACAUUUAAAUAAUCCUCAUUUUCAAAAUAGAAAUAAUGAUCCAAUAAAUUCUUUAUUAGGUUAUACACCUUUUGGUACAUUAAUUUGUUCAUUAAGUGUUGGAUAUUUUAUAUGGGACUUGGUUGUUUGUUUGAAAUAUUAUAAAUUAUUUGGUAUUGGAUUUUUAUUACAUGCUAUUGCUGCAUUAUUUGCAUUUGGUUGUGGAUUUAUACCUUAUUGUCAACCUUGGGCUGGUGCUUUUUUAUCAUUUGAAUUAAGUACUCCAUUUGUUAAUUUAAAUUGGUUUGCAAGUCAUUUACCUGCUGGUACUUUUAGUGAUAAAUUUGUUAUAAUAAAUGGUUUAUUAUUAAUUAUUGUGUUUUUCUUUGUCAGAAUUAUAUGGGGAAUUUACGCAGUUAUUCAAAUGGGUAUUGAUAUGACUUAUUCAUUAAAUCAAAUAAAUAUUUUAAUUCCAAUUUCAAUUUUAUUAAUGAAUACAGCAUUAAAUUUAUUAAAUAUUUUUUGGUUUUAUAAAAUGAUUAAAAUUGCAAAAAAGAAAGCAAGUGGUAAAUCAUCUACGAAACAAAGUUCAAAAGAAAUUGAUAAAGUUGAUUAA